AAAUGAUAUAAGCGGUAACAAAAAGCAACAUGGCCACAUAAAAAGUUUGCCACGUCCAAAUUCUGUCAAAAUUUAUCUUCUGCUCUGGUGAAGCAGUACUUCUGGUGAAGGAUUCGUAGAAAGUUUGUUGAAGUAACCUGAACAGAUAUUUUGAACUACAACACAUAUGUAAAUGCAAAUGGCUUGUGUAAAGAAGGUGCAAGAUUUGACCUGAUUAUUUUCAAGUUGAUUUUGACAAGCUACAGCUAUACAUCUAUAUCUAGAGAGACAUAAAUCCUCAGACACAAUGCUAACAAAGACGUCUAAAGCUAUUGCGCUGUGUUCAAUUGCUAACUUCAUAAACUCUGCUGACCGUGUGAUAAUGCCGAUCGCGAUUGUGCCGAUGACCGAUGAGUUUAACUGGGACAUGCACGGACAAGGAUGGGUGCUCAGCUCGUUUGCUGUAGGAUAUAUGAGUAGUCAGGUGAUUGGUGGAAGUGCUGCCAAAAAGUAUGGCGGAAAGAUAAUCAUGACAGUGUCUGUGUUGCUGUGGUCAAUGUCAACAUUCAUGGUUCCGUUCUUUGCUCACUCGAUCUAUGCCUUGUUUCUGUCUCGGGUUGCACUUGGUCUGGGAGAAGGACUUGGUUUACCUACUAUUUUUCACAUCUUUUCCCAUGCAAUCCCGGGAGAGGAGCGUUCACGUGCAUUUGGCUAUUUAGUUGCAUCUGGAUCAAUAGGUCAAACAGUGGCUGCUGUGGUGUGCCCUCAUUUGUCAUGGCAGUGGAUGUUCUAUUUGUUUGGUUUCAUGGGUUUCGUCUGGGUGUUGGUGUGGUUGGUCAUGUAUCCGGAUACGCUUGGCUCUUUGGAUGAGGAAUUCGUAGAACCACCCAAGGUGAACAAUGUCAAUGUCCGGUGGAGUGAAUUCCUUUGCCACUGGCCGCUGUGGUCGAUAUACAUAGCACAUUUCAGUAUGAACUGGUCAAAUUACAUCAUCAUGCAGUGGCUUCCGACGUACAUGAGGCGCAACCUGGGCGCCAAUCAGAGUCAUAUCAUGUUGACAGCUGUGCCUUACGUCAUGAACUCGUUAGUCGGAGUAGUGGCAGCUCAUUUUGCCGAUGCUCUUAUAGCUCACAAAUGGACAGUACUGUCAGUCAGACGACUCAUGACCAGCAUUGGUUUACUUGGACCCGGAUUAUUUAUUUUAUUCUUCAGUGCUGUAAAUAAUAUACCUUUAGCUGUUUUAUUUGUAUCCAUAUCUCUUGGCCUAAGUGCUUGUAAUUCAUCUGGUCACCUUAGCAACCAUGCAGAAGUGGCACCAAACCAUGCAGGGAUAACAUUUGCUAUUUCAAACACACUCGCCACAAUACCGGGCAUUACCUGUGGACCUCUGACGGCAGAACUCGUAACACAGUCUCACGGGCGUUGGUUCCCUGUGUUUUUUAUUGCCGCUGGCGUGAACUUUGUAGGUGCCAUUAUUUACUUGAGUCAGAGUGCGGCUAGUCAGGUCUUAUGACGGUCACGGGAACGCUGGCGUUAGUCAUUCGCUGUCGGUUCUCCAAGCCAAACUGUACAGGCCAGCUUUUAUUUUCAACAAAAAUCUCUGUGAUGGAAACAUACAAAAUGCUGACUAUAUGCACUUGUGUGAGGACAAAACAAAUGUGUGGCAAAGCAUUUAGUCAUAAGCUGUCGUCAGCAAAUAGGUUUAGAUGUGACAGAAAUUGAAACAGCUGAAUCUAGAGUGUUUCCAAGAACAAGACAAAAACUAUUUCAGCUGAAGUUGUCAUUUAUAUAACAUAUGGAAGCAUGCGUGUUAUUGUGUUCUGAAAAUAAUCACUGCAGAUGAGAACUAGAAUUAAAAGCAAUAUUAUUGUUUUUAACAGCUAAAACGUGGAACCUUUAAAAGAUUUAUGGUAAAUGCAGCCUGUGUUAAAUAGAAGUGGACAUGCACAAAACCAGUUCCACAACUUUCAGGCAGUCGAGGAAGAUUGGUGUUUGGGGGUGGGGUGGAAGAAUCACUGAUAAAUAUGCCUGUGUGUACUUUUCCUACUAGUGUUAUAAACCAACUUGACACUAUAAAAAUUGGUUUUAGACAUCCUUCUUAAUUAGUCAGAUGUCAGUUUAGACCACUGAAUAUGGAUAUUUGUGUUGGGCGAUCACAAUAGACCAGUAUUAGUUUGUGUUUUUUUUUUACCCCAGUGGACAUUUAUAACCGGGGAAAUGAACAACAAUUUCUCAUUGAGACAUUAUACAUUCAGGCCUUUGACAAUUGAAUAUUUGUGUACAUGUAAUUAUUUAUGGGUUAUGCAUUAUCCUUUGUAAAAUGAGGUUCUAAAUUUAAUGUGCAAACGAAAAAUAAGACAAAAUUAGAUUUGUGUGAGCAAUAUGCCAUCGAAAGGAUCAUUCUCACAAUUUUUAGAAGCCUGACGUUCGUGUAUUGUACAAUAUUAUUGGAUGAUUUGGCACUUCGAAAUCAGUAACUUUAUCACUUGUAAAUAUGACGUCAUCACGAUUCGGCAAACAUAUACAAUGACUUAUAGUUUAAAGAUUUGCAUUUACACCUCUCAGUUUUUAUUGUUAAAUUAAUAAUAAAAUUUUAUUUUAAUACAAUUCAGUACAUUAUUUUAAAAACAAUAAAUAGAAAUUUGGUUUUUGAAAAUUAUCUGUGAUUGUGAAUAAGACACAAAAGUUACAGCAAUACUCAGAAUAGUGCGUAAAGUUGUUUACAUUGUUUCUAUAGACAUGUACAUGUAUGAAUAUUGAAAAUAAAAAGACAUUUUGAGAGAAAAAAAAUUCUGAGGUAAUUUAUAGAAUUACAAUUUGGUACAAAUUAUCAGAUUUAUGUCCCACGUGACAUAAUUGUCAUUUGUCACUUGCUAAGCAUGUGGCAAUUGAAAUAGAUUUCAGUCAGGACCUAUAUUAGAUAAUAACUGGUCACUUAUUUAUUAUCCUUUAUUUAUUCUAAAUAUAGCUAUAGUGAAGCUUGUUAUAGUGGCCACCUCUGUUAAGUAAAUAGUCAAAACAGACCUAUUAACAAUCAAAAUAGACCUAUUAAUAGUUGAAAUAGAUCUAUUAAUAGUCAAAACAGACCUAUUAAUAGUCAAAACGGACCUAUUAAUAGUCAAAACGGACCUGUUUUAAUCAGCAAGUUAAAGACUCCAGAGUUUGUUUCCCUUGUAAGAUGUUUUCUUUAGAUGGCUGCUUUACCCAGAUUUCACUGUACCGGAAUCGGCUAAUUCAGUGUGAUAUUUAAUGUGUUGUUUAAUUGUACCAGAUAAUAAUCCACCCAGAGUCACAUUGUAAGGUCCUGUCUUGCACAUGAUAUUUUUACCAAAAUUAAAUAAUGGUGGAGAUGUAUAAAAUGUUUUUAAUAAUACUUUAAAAUAUUUAAGGCAUUAAACUCUAACAGUGGAAUAUGGUUUGUAUGAUGAGAAUGAGUUGUAGCUGUAGUUGUUUCCCAGAUCUAUCUGGACAGCAGAAGUUACACUUUUAUUAAUUCACACAUUACUGCUACAAUACCGCUGCUGUACUAUAAUGAUAAACUUAAUUUGUACAGUGUUCAACCUGCCGACUCUAAUUACUAAAUGAAAUGUUCAGAUAAACAGAAGAUAAAACCAACAUUAUUUUAUUCAACCUGCCGACUCUAAUUACUAAAUGAAAUGUUCAGAUAAACAGAAGAUAAAACCAACAUUAUUUUAUUUAUUUUGAUGGGGUUUUUCAGGGCACAUGCUUAUAAAGCUAGAAUCUAGACUAAUCUUUAGUGACAUUACAGAGAUAAAUUUGUAUGCGCUUCUAUGACAUUGUUACAUACUUGAGUCUAGACUCUAAAAGUUUUAGAAACACAGAACCUGAACUAGGAUUGACUUCUAUUCAGAUUUAGCAGUGACUGAUGAACAAAAGUCUUCCAAGUGCAAUAAUGUAUUUGUCAAGUUUCAGGGCUUCAAGAUUAUGGUAGCCCCACUUCCAUGGCUAGUCAUAUUCAAUAUUGGGCUAGUAAAUUACUACUAUUGCCAUGCUCAACGGCUAGUAAAAAAAAAGUUGUCAAAUGCUGCAUUUAAGUCUGUUUUGUACGUAUGAAUAUCCUGGCCCAACCCUCGCCCCUCUCCCAAUCUUAGUGUUUUUAAGUUCUAUAUCCCUCUUUAGGUGACAUCUGAUUAUUACUAUUAGUAAAAUGUUUUAUUAAUUUAAAGUAGGCCUAGUUAAUUUUUAAUUGUGGCUAGUAAACUUUUAAAAUCACUGAUCCCAUGGCUAGUGGAUUUUAUAAAAAUUCUAGAAGCCCUGAGUUUUUCAUUCAAAAUUAUUAUAUUUAAAGUUGCAGACCCUAAAUUCAACCCAUGAAAACAUUCACCAAGUAUUGUUAAUCUACAAACCUGUAACACAUUUGAAUCAAGUUACAAUAAAGUGAAACAAGAGUCUGUUACUAAAAAAGUAGUUUAAAGCUCAUCUCCGUAAUCAUUACAUUUUUAAAAUUUGAAAAAUGUAUUUUGUGGUAUUCACAACAGGAUAAUCAGAACCGGAUAAAUGGAAAAUGUCUGAUUUUAAUGAUAAAAAAUGGCUCUAAUGGUGAAAAAUAUGUUGUGUGUUUAAAAUCUAGGGUCUGUCAUUUUAAGGCAACAUAAAAAGUGUCCUGUAGACCAGAAAAAGCCUGAAUUCAAAGUAGUCUCUUUAGAAAAACCUGCAUUUUUGUCCUACAUUUUACUGUUAGUAACAUGAUCAAAUUGAGAAACAAAUUUCUCCACAUGAGUGUAGAUAUGCUCUUAUCAAUAUCCAAGUAAUGCUUACUUUCCUAAGCACAUAAAUGAUUGCACAUAAAUAAAGGUUACUUUUAGUUUGAAACAAAGAAUUAAUAUCUUUAUUAUUGUGCAGUGUUAGGCCUUAAGGUUAAUAAAUUCUCUUCCCCCCACACACACACACACACACUAAACAAAAACUUGUACAUUUCGUGAAUAAAAAUAUAGUAGUGACUGUCAGUGAUAUUUCAGAUCUUUUCAAAACCACAAUUUUGCACACAAAAUGUAUUGGAUUGGGUAUGCACUAAUUGAAGCGGAUAUGGGUAUUUUUCUUGUCAUCCAUUUUCUGUCGGAGGAGUCCCAUUCAUAAUUAAUUCAAUUUCUUCUUUUUCAAUGCUGUGGUUUAUGGAAAUCAAAGGUGCCUUUUUCUCUGUCACAUAAGCAUACAUACAUGUAUACAAACAUAUCCCCCCCCCCCCCCUUCCCAAAAAAAAGAGAAAAAGAUUAAAUCAAAUCAAAAUUUCAGUUAUCAUUUUAUAUAUUUAUUCAUUAUGUGUACAUGAACAUUAUUCUUUACAUUCGCACUGUGAAAGAACUUUGUUAUUUAUAUUUUGUUAAUGAUUGGUCAAAAUUAUUGCCAGAGAACAAAUUGUAGCUUCAUUUGAUGGCUAUCCCAUAUUAAAGCAUGCCAAAACAAUUCCUGAAUUUUCCCCCAUAAAUGUUUUGAUAAUUUGUAAAGUGAUGUGUAUGUUUUAAAUUCACUCUGGAAAUAUUUAUUUAACUUUUGUCUUAAAGCUGCCAUCUCGAGUAUAUUUUUUAAUACUUAAGCAUUUAGAAUAGAUUAUUACCUUGUGUUUUCUUGCAGUGCUGUGUCAUAGUUUGAUUUCUUUUUAGAUGUUAUUUAAAAUCUAGGUUAUAAUAAAUUUUAAAAUCUAGGUCAUAGUAAGUUUUAGUGAAAUUGACACUUUGAAGAUGCUCACUUAAGGUAUGGAUGAGUUUCAGCAGAAUUACCGUUUAAGAUUUCAUGUAUACAAUAAUAUUUUACUUAACUUACCCCCUGAAUGUUGUCAAACUGUUUGGGGUAGGGCAUGGGCGUGGAACUGCUCAUCAUCAACAUGUAUAACAUUUACAGCACAAUCACAGCAUUGAAGUAUUUGACAUAGGCUGUAUCACUGAGCUACGUCCCACCCACUUGAGCAAUAACAAGUAUAUAAGAUAUUACAUGCAUCGGACGAAAAGCCUCACGAUGUUUAUGGAAUUCAAAGUUUUAGCAGCACCAAGAACUUCAUUUGUUUUUUUAUUUAAAGCUUGUACUAAAACCCAGCUAUGUUUCUAAGAUUGUUUUCUUUGUCAAUUGUCAUUUUCAUCUCUUGAUGUAUACCCUAACAUUUCAUGUAAAAAACAAUCUGAAAUUGUAAAAAUUGUCAAGGGACAUGCAAACACUAAAGUGUUUUGUCAUCCUUGUGAUCAAGAUUCCUGAUGGAAUAUAGAACUUGCUCUCCUCAGAAAUAUUUUAUUUAAAAUUAUCCUUAUUAUGGUGGUACUAAUUGUUAAUAGCAAAAGCUACAGUUAUGGUGAUGUCACACUAUAUGAGUGCCUUGUACGAGAUUAGCCGAUUGCAUAGCAACUAAUUCAUCGUAAUGUUAUCUUGUCAGUCAUAAUUGGCUAUUUUCAUGGCUAUUUUUGUACGAGGCACUCCUAUCGUGAGUAGACUUCCCAAGCUCUAUGCAUUUUGUGCAUUAAGAGAUCAGCUUUGACUUUCAUUAAGAAGUCUGAUGCACAGAAGUGUUCAGUUCUGUUAUCUGUAUUAAAAUAUCUUCUAGCUAAUGUCAUGAAUUGAAAGCUAGAACUUGGCAGAAAAGGAUGGUGUUGUCUCACUAAUUAGUAACUUGAAGAACACUCUUAUCAAAGUCAGUUUCUUGAAUGGCAAAGGGUAACUAAAUACAAUAAAUUAUUGUUUCAUGAAUUACACCCUAAAACGUUUUUUGAAAAAAACUAAAACAUUUCGACAUCUUACAAUUUUAUUUAAGAUAUCACCAAGUAAUGUGGAGCAUUUUUAUUGACAUAGCUUAGGGUAUUUUGCAUGUACAUUUAACCAUAGAUUCUAAAAUGUCACACUAUUAAGAAUUUGUUCAUCUUGUGAUACUUAUCACAUUGUAUAUUUGCCCUAUACUAUCAUUAUUGUAACACUUCAUUCACAGAUGGCAUUUUGUUACUGAUAAACUUCUUGUUUCACGGUUUCCACAUAUAUUUAUUCUAAAAAUACUCAUUCUUAGAAAUUAUGUAAAUAGAUAUGUCCACAUAUAUAUUUAAAAAACCCAAGAACUGAUCAAGUAUGUUUUGUGGAAGUCAUUGCAUAUUGUGAUAUUUUCAGCUCUCUAUAUAUACAUUAGUAGUUGUCAUCUCCACUCAUGUCCAUUUAUGUAAGUUAUAUGCCUUGCAUAGUGUUUGAAAUGAAAUGUUUAUUUUUUGAAACAAUUGUGUAAUAAAGCAUUUUUUAUGUA